AUGGAUUAUUGUGGGCCGUUUUUCGUUCGUCCACAGAUUGGGAGAGGUUCGUCGGUUAAAGUGUACGUCGUGUUAUUCGUCUGCUUGGUGGUAAAGGCCGAGAUCGUUGCUGAUCUGUCGACCGCCGCGUGUAUCAACGCCGUCAAACGCUUUAUCGCCUGUCGCGGUCGGGUUCUCGAGAUACAUUGCGAUAACGCAACCGCAUUCGUCGGGGCGGAUCGCGAGUUACGGAAGCUGCGGAAGGAAUUCCAGCAGCAGUUCAAGUCCGCGGAAUGGGGCGAGUACUGUGGAAAUGGCAUCACGUUCCGAUUCAUCCCGGCACGUUCGCCACAUUUUGGUGGCAUCUGGGAGGCCGGAGUGAAAUCUUUUAAGUACCACUUCCGCCGUAUCAUGGGACAACAGGCUUUCUCAAUGGAUCAACUCCUCACGGUCGUAGCCCAGAUCGAAUCUGUCCUGAACUCUCGCCCUCUCGUCCCUCUUUCUGAUUCUCCAGAUGACCUAACAGCUCUGACACCAGGACACUUUUUGAUUGGGGAGCCUCUAGUCUCAAUCCCCGAGCCAGACCUGCUUCAUCUGUCCCUAAUCGCCUCACCCGUUUGCAGGACAUGCAACGCUCAAUUCAAGAUCUGUGGCGCUGCUGGUCUCAGGACUAUGUAA